AGUACAUUGUUAGUAUAUAUUAGUUUAAAUGGGAAGUCAUGAGUGGUAUAGCGAUAAUCUCUCUAAAAUAGGCUUAAGUCUCUUUAAGCGUAGUGAAAACAAAAAAAACGUAAUAAUAAAAUAUUCAAAAUUGUUUCACAGUCUGGUUUUAACGGAUAUUAGUCAUUGCAAAAUAAAAUGGCGGUAGGAACGCAGUGUACAGGUGAAGUUUCUAUACGGACGUUGUUUGAUGUAGCGCAGUAAGUCUAUUCAAGAACGCAUAUCGAGAAUUCUUCUCUUAUUGAUUUAUUUUUUAAAAUAUAUAUAUUUAACGAACGAAAUUAUUUCAUGACUGUCUUUAUGACUCGGGAGAGUUUUAAAAAUGCGGUUUAGUGGGUGCCAUGUCUCAAUAAUUGUUAGACGUGUGCGCGUUGUUUGUGUGUUACACACUCAGGACUCGUCCAUGUGAACAGACCCCUCUCCUUUAAUUUUUGCUUAAGUUUAAAAUCCUGCAGCAGCAGUCAUGGCUCACGUUUGGAGAGACGUGAUGGCAGUGCUGCCUUCUUCUGAAACUGAGUCCCCCCUUGUGUUCGGUGAAGUAGUUGAACCAAGUGUGCUGGCCAUGUUAGAGCUCUGCAGGAAAGAGCUGUACAGCUCAUUAAACUCUUCUUGUAUUGAAAAAGCCCAGGUUAUUCUUGAUUACUCCUGGGAGAAGCUCAACACAGGGACAUGGCGAGAUGUGGACAAGGAGUGGAGACGUGUUUACUCCUAUGGCUGCUUGUUUAAAGCUGUAGGAACAUGUCAUGGAGAAACAUCACAAGACAAGGUCCAGGAUGCCAUAAAGACAUGUGACCUGGGUUUGCUAAUGGGUGCCUCCAUUAUGGAUAAUGCUUUGCAGAGACUCAUAGUGGUGCUGAAAAAUAAAGUGAUGGUUCCUAGCGAAGUAGAGGACAGUGAACAGCCCUGUCCAAAGAAACUUAGGAAAGAGUUUAUCCUGAGGCCGAUAAUCAACCCCGCGCUGUCAGUACAGAGGGUUCGAUGCCCAGCUCUGGAAAGUUUCCGAUCAGAAUUUCUGGAGCCCGAAAUGCCAGUCAUAUUAGAGGGAAUUAUUGACCACUGGCCUGCCUUCAGAGAGCACACAUGGAGUAUAGAGUACCUGCGAGCAGUAGCAGGCUGCCGGACUGUUCCUGUUGAGCUGGGAUCCAGGUAUACUGAUGAAGAGUGGUCACAGAAGCUCCUUACAGUGAAUCAGUUCAUUGACCAUUACAUUAUGGGCCAAGGGGAGGCUACUACAGGAUACUUGGCUCAGCAUCAGCUUUUUGAUCAGGUGCCAGAGUUGAAAGAAGACAUCCGUAUCCCUGACUACUGUUGCCUUGGAGAGGGAGAUGAUGACAUCACGAUUAACGCUUGGUUUGGACCAGGAGGAACCAUCUCUCCUCUGCAUCAGGAUCCCGAGCAAAACUUUUUGGCUCAGGUGGUUGGGAGAAAGUACAUUCGUCUGUAUCGUCCUGAAGAAAGUGAAAAUCUCUAUCCACAUCAAUCUGAGCUUCUGCACAACACCAGUCAGGUGGAUGUUGAAAAUCCAGAUGUGGUCCAGUUCCCAGACUUCCUCAAUGCUUCCUAUCAAGAGUGUGUGCUUGAGCCUGGUGAUGUCCUGUUCAUCCCCAAACAGCACUGGCAUUACGUGCGCUCAUUAGAGCUCAGCUUCUCUGUUAGCUUUUGGUGGUCGUGAUAUUAGCCCUACAUAAAUAAAAAUUUAACAUUAUAAAUAAAUGUCAUUUCUGCAGCUUUUAAAUCUUAUGGGUUAUUUUACAAGUAAAUAGUUUCUGAUGGAAUAUUUUUUUAAUCAGUAACUAUUUACAGUUUUCUAAAUAUUGUGAAAUAGGCAACAAAAGUCAAGUAGCUUCCUCCCCACCUCUUGAAGCAAAUUCAAACUUUUAAUUCAUAAUUUGAGAUCAAUUAUCAAACAAAUAGUACACAUGUAAAAAACCUACAGUA